CAUUUGACAAUGAAUUCUCCACGACAAUUCAUUUUACAAUGAAAUGAAUUCCACGACUGAAGCUCUUAUUGAGCGGGAUGUUCAGGUUCAUCCUCGAUGCCCGGUUUGUUGGUCUGGCUCUGAGACAAUGGAGCAUUUGUUCCUAGAGUGCCCGGUAGCUAGGGCUUUGUGGGACUAUGCGGGGCUUGAAUAUCUCGGUCAAGGGCUUCCUCGACACACCUUUCCAUUGUUCCUUAAAAAACUGAUGGCCCUUAUCCACCAAUCACAACUGGUUAUGGCUGUGGUGGCGCUCCUUUGGAGAAUCUGGCGCUCUCGCAACUGGGUUGUCUUUGAAGGCAAGCAGUUUGGGUUGCCGGACCUCAUGCGACAAUUUCAUCAGCAAUACCAGGAGUGGAUAAGUUUGCCAGUUGAUAGAAGCCCUCGAACCAUUCCCCCUGCUCUUCAUUCUGGAGGGAGCGUCAACCCUUGCCCGUUUGUCUGUCAAUGGGACAUAAUUAUCCUCGUUACGUUUUAAUACUAGAAUGGUAUGUUUGUACAAAAAAUUAAUAGAGGAAUACGUUUGUUAAUUUGCAAUAAUAGAGGGGUACGAAAUGCUAUUAACCCGUUGUAAAACUAUAUAGUAACGGUGCGUUUUUUGAUGAUGGUAAUAAAAGCUAUCUAUUGUUAAAAAAAAAAAUUAGAAAAAUCACUUACUGAAGUUCAAAUUAGUAGACAGUUUUAGCGGUAUGAAAUAAUUGAAUCACAUUUAAAUUGAAUUAUGAUUUCUAAAAAAAUAAAAAUACAAUAUUAUUAAUUUUUACGGAACAAUAUAAGAUAUAUAAUUUUACAAAUAUUUUUUACAUACCGUUUGGUAUAAAUGAAUUCCAUAAGUUUUG